GUUGUCGGAUCACAGGUCGGAUCAUCUGUUCUAUGUUUUGGAGUAUUGUUAUGAAAACAUGUAAUUAAAGUUAUUACAUCAAUACAAUAUAUAGUUUAUUUUUUUUUAUCGUUAAAUCAUAUAUCUUAAAGCAUGGAGGAAGAAGGAAAGUUGCCUUUGAAGCGAGUAGAGCUGUCGUUAUCAAAGUUUAACGAAGUUGCAAUACCACACCAUUUAGAUUUACUACGCCAGCACAAAGCGAAUAUUUUAAAGUAUGAAGAGUUGGGUGAGUACGCCCGCGUGCGCUCGGAGCAGGCGCACGCGCGGCGCGUGGCGUCGCAGCUGCGCUCGCUGCUGGGCGAGCUGGAGGCGCUGCGCCGCCAGGUGCGGACCUCUGAUUGCACCAAGUUCGACCAGAUGACGCAGCGCUCCAGAGAUCUCACCUUGAAAGCUAUCAUGGACUAUCUAGGAGUUAUUGAAAGAAGUUGCAUUGCGAUAAUUGACACGCACAAGACGCGCGCGCGCCCUCUUGAAACUAGCCCUUUAUCAAUAAACCGUGUACCGAUGCCCGAGGCGGACGUUUCGGGAAGCGUAGUGUCGUCAGAGUCGGUCGGCGUCAUCCCGGAGCAAAUUCAACUCCAAGUGGAUGAACACGAGGUGUCGCUGCGGGAGCGCGAGGCGCUGCUGGCGGGGUGGAGCGCGCUGCAGGGCGAGGUGCGCGCGCUGCACGACGCCUGGCAGCACGUACAGGCCGCCGCGCUCGCGCACCGCGACCAGAUAAACUCUUCGGCUCAGAACGUGGAAGUGGCAGCGGAUAACGUUCAAGUGGCGCGGUCACAUCUCGCUAGUGCAGAAAAGCUGCGGCUGGCGACGCUGGGGCUGGGCGGCAUGGCGGUGGGCGCGCUGGCGGGCGGGCCCGUGGGGCUGGCGCUGGGCGCCAAGGCGGGCGCCGCCGCCGCGCUGGCCGGCUCGGCGCUCGGCUACAUGGGCGCCGCGCUGCUGGGCCGCCGCGCCGCGCGCCCGCCGCCCGCGCGCCCGCCGCCCGCACCCUCCCCCUCGCCCGCACCCGCCGACACCCACGAGAAGAAGGACCGCUAG